GCUCCGCUCCAAAGAUUUCAAAAAUGGAGCCUCUCACAACUAGUUAUCCUCUGAAAUACUCAGUGCACAAAGCCAGGAUCUUUGUUGUCUUCCUGUCAAUGGUUUUGUGCACCACCAUUCUCUGCCUGCUGCAACUCAGGUUUUUUAAACCUAAAAUCAAAGAUUUUUAUUCUUUUGAAGUCAAGGAUUCACGAGGAAGGAUUAUUUCCUUGGAGAAGUACAGAGGGAAAGCAACUUUGGUUGUAAACGUGGCCAGUUACUGCCAAUACACAGACAAAAAUUACAUCGCGCUGCAAGAGCUGCACAGAGAGUUUGGUCCCUCCCACUUCACUGUGCUGGCGUUUCCCUGCAACCAGUUCGGAGAAUCAGAGCCUAGUUCAAGCCAGGAAAUAGAAUCCUUUGCCAAAGGGAACUAUGGAGUAACAUUCCCUGUUUUCCACAAAAUCAAGAUCCUAGGAUCAGAAGCAGAUCCAGCCUUUAAAUUUCUGAUAGAUUCUUCAAAGAAAGAGCCUCGAUGGAAUUUCUGGAAGUACCUUGUUAGCCCUGAGGGUAAAGUUGUGAAAUUCUGGAGACCUGAAGAGCCAAUAGAAAGUAUCAAACCAGAGGUAACAUCAUUAAUCAGGCAGAUUAUCAUGAAGAAAAGAGAGGACCUCUGAAAGAGCCAUUAAACACCAUGGGUAUGCAGCCUGUCUAUUCCUGAGAAAUGUUACUAGAAUCUAAACCAUCAGGUGACUUUGCUACUUUUUAACUUUGGUGUUUGCAAUUUGUCUGCUCGUUCUGGAUUGGCUCCUGCUGCGGCCUCAAGAACAAGGGGGGUUACUGACACAGCGAGGCGCUCAGUGCACUGCAGGGAGGGACCAUCAAUUUGCAUAGAGGGUUUAUGAUUUCUUUUUCUGAAUUGCUGACAAUAGCUAAUUAAAAUUGUCACCAGCAGGUAAAUAGUUAGAAAGAAGGUUUAUUAAUAAAUGACUCAUAUUUACACAGUUUUUUUUUUUCCCCAUUACACCAGUAACACAGAGAUUUUAUACUCCAUUAACAUGUAAUUGCCCUGUCAUGAAAGACAUGGGAUCCAGAGACAUCCAUAGCAGGUUUUCACAUACAUAACUGAAGAUACCAACUUUGCAAUAUCUUCUCAAGGAAGACUACUGAAUUGAGAAGCUGCCAGUUGCAAAAAAAAAAAUUGUACGUAGAAAAUAAAAUUAUUAAAAGAAGUAAAAAAAUUGAAAUAAAGUUUGCUUGCUGCUUCAUAUUUUGCAUAUUUUACAUUUAAAUUUUCCAACACCUUUAAAGUCUUCAACAUUCUCCAUACAUUUGUGCUGCAGUACAGUGCCUCAGAUGUGAGCUCCUCUCCUCCUGGAUUAUUUCUCUUCUGACCUGGAUGAAGGCAGGGCCUGUGUAAAUAUUCAUGGUUGCUUACAGAAGGAUUCAAGGGGCAACAAAAAUCGAGAGCCUGGCACUCUAACAGACAUCUUUCUGAGACUAUUGAAAACAAUGCUCCCCAGCCACCCAUCUACCUCUCAUCUCUAGAAUAAAAUGGCAAUCUUCAAGUAGAGGUAGAAGAAGGGGAUGCAGGCUCCUGGCUCAAGCCCCACUCUUCUCACCUUGCAAACCCCCCAGUCCUGCAUACCCAUUUCCAGUUCUGUUCCACUCUUCCAUUACAAACUGCCAAGAGUUUUGAUUUAUCUGUUUGAAUGAAGGGAGAUAUAAAAUUUUAGUAAGAAACCUCACUCCAGCUGUCCAUGCCUUGAAGAAGGGCUGAUAUAAUAGGAAUGAGAAAAACCUGUGUCUUAGUAGAAUAGUGAAAUUUUCUAUAUGAAAAGGAUGGGUAGAAUUAGUGUUGUUCUUUUGUAAGACUAAUAUUGGUUGAAAAUACCUAAAGUGCUUCAAAAUACCUAAAGUGCCUCAAAAUUUUUCCAGUAAAGACAGCCACUCAACUGCAUAAAAAAGGUGAGAAAUUCAAGAGCAAUUUUCUUAAAGGGAGAGUUUUUUUCAUUCACUUAUUGAAUUAAUAGAGAAUGUCACAAAAAAUCUAUGAAGAUUGAGUAAUGAUACUGAUUUGGAAGAUUAAACAAAGUCACUCUCAAUAAUGGCAAACACCUUUUUGGAA